UUGUAUGACAAGAUAAAUUCUCAUCCAGUUGCUCCAACACGAUCACCACCUGCUGAUGCUGUCAAUAAAGUUCUAGAGGUAAGAUUUUCUGAUGCUGUCAAUAAAGUUCUAGAGGUGUUAGGUUUAGUGGAGAGUCAGGAUGGAACAGUUGUUCAAGAAUUACAUACACUUUUCAACAAGCCUCAUUUCAAGGCUUUACUACAAGCGCACGAUGUUGUGGCCCAUGAAGUGUACAGUGACGAGGCUGUGAGAGUCACGCCCACAGCUCCAGUCUCUCCGUUCCUUAAUGGUAACGUUGAGCCGGACUCACCAGAAACGUCGGAAAUGGAGAAUGUCACUAGAGUUCGACUAGUGCAGUUCCAGAAAAAUUCUGAUGAGCCAAUGGGUAUAACAUUGAAGAUAAAUGAUGAAGGUCGAUGUUUGGUAGCUAGAAUAAUGCACGGUGGUAUGAUACAUCGUCAAGGUACGUUACACGUCGGUGACGAGAUUAGAGAGAUCAACGGUAACAGCGUUCUCAAUCAAAGUGUCGAAAGUCUCCAAAAAAUGUUGAGAGUACAGGGAACUAUAAGUUUCAAGGUGAUACCGAGCGCACAUGGCCUGGUUUCUCGGGAACGAUACGAGAAUAACAACCAUAAAGAGAGAUCCGCUAAUGGAAAUGUAUGCUUGAAGAUAGUCCCUAGUUAUCAGGGUCCAGUCCCACAUUGUGAGAUCUUUGUUCGCGCCUUAUUUGACUAUGAUCCACAAGAGGAUGACCUAAUACCAUGUUCACAAGCUGGUAUACCGUUCCAAAUGGGUGACGUUCUCAGGGUAAUAAGUAAAGAAGAUUCAAGUUGGUGGCAGGCGAGGAAAGUUGAUGCCUUACCUAGUGAGCCAGCAGGAUUGAUCCCCUCACCAGAGUUACAGGAGUGGCGGGCCACAACAACGGCACAGGAGCGAGCCAAACAAGAACAUUCUGUGCACUGUUCAUGGUUUGGGAAGAAGAAGAAAGAUAAAUAUUUAGCAAAACACAACGCCAUAUUUGACCAACUGGAAAUCAACACAUACGAGGAAGUGGUGCGACUUCCAGCAUUUGUUAGAAAAACUUUAGUCUUACUAGGUGCUCAUGGUGUUGGUAGAAGACACAUUAAAAACACAUUAAUCACGACACAUCCUGACAGAUAUGCAUACCCCAUUCCACAUACGACCCGUCCACCAAAGCCUACUGAGGAAGAUGGAAAGAAUUAUUAUUUUGUGACGCAUGAAAAGAUGAUGGAAGACAUAUCAUCGAAUAAAUAUUUAGAGUAUGGCACUCACGAGGACGCCAUGUACGGCACAAAACUAGAAACUAUAAAACAGAUUCAUACUCUCAGUCUAAUGGCAAUAUUAGAUGUUGAGCCACAGGCCCUAAAAGUGUUACGUUCAGCAGAGUAUGCUCCCUUUGUUGUAUUUAUAGCCGCACCUAGUGCCCUGGAUCUACAGUUAGCUAAAACUGCCGGCAUUGAUGAUGGUAGUUUAGAGCGACUUGCCAAAGAAAGUGAACUUUUAGAAAAAGCCUACGGACAUUACUUUGAUUUUAAGAUAGUUAACAAUGAUAUCUCGGAAACAAUUUUACAGUUAGAAGAUGCCAUUGACAAUGUUUGUUCAACACCACAAUGGGUGCCUGUUAGCUGGGUGUACUGAGUUUACCGUAUAAGUGUAAACUAUCAUAUUUAUUCUAAUCAGUGCCCCUGUUAUAUAAAUUUAACUGCCGUUUUGAUUGCAUUGAAAAGUAGUAUUGUACUGAAUGAUUCAGUGUAAUUUACAUUUAGAAAAAAUUGAUGAAAUAUUUACAGCGAUUUAGUUUAGAAAUUUGGCAUUAUCAUUUAUGUUUUUGUUUUUUAAACUUCACAGUUUUGAAUAUAUUUACUGUUAUUUCAGUGCUAUUUCUUCCUAUUGAUUAUUCAAGAUUUAAAAAUCGGAGAUGAAAUUGUUUUCAACCUAAAUGAGAAAAUUAAGCAAAAAGAUGGGUGCUUAUUAGAAUAUAUGUGUAAAAUCAGCUUGUUUUUAGGAAUUUAUUAAAUUUGUUAAAGGAAAUGGUGAUGGUAGCUGUUUUCUGUGAAAAUUGUCUUCCAAUGUGUUGUUUUAAGCUUAUUAGAAGAAUCAAAAGAAGAAAAAAAAAGAAACAGAGCUUUUGUUGGACAAAGGGAAAGAACUCAUAUAAUGGGAAUUUUUAAAGUCAUCAAAGGGAGAGUAAUGUUGUAUAAAGAAUCAGUAUGGUCGCAAGAGUUACUGUUAUUGUUUUUGCUGAUGGAAAUUUAUUCUUCCUUUAAUAAGGCUGCAAGAAAGAUUUGUUUGUAAAUCAUGGAAAAAUAUUGCAAACGGAAACAUGACUGUUUGUAUGAUUUACUUCAAAUUGUAAAAUAUUUGGCAAACAUUGAAAUAAAUAAUGUUUUUUAUCUUAAUAGUUAAUAACUAAAUGUAAUAAUAUGCAGUUAAUUGAAAUGUUUUUUUUUUCUAUGAGAGUUUUGUCUUGAAUGAUCAUGAUUAAUUUGUAAACAGGAAGUUGUUUUAAGCAGCUGAUAACAUUCUGUGAUUAUUGUAUAGAUUUAAACGUAAUUUCUGUAAAUCAUUAUGUUACAUUGUUUACGUCUUACCUUUUUUGUCCGCAUUUAUGAUGAUGAUCCAUUAUCUUAGACUGUCCAUCAUGGUUUUGACUGUCCAUCACAUGUUUCAAUGGAUCAUUAUUUGACUGACAUCAAGGUUAAUGGGUCAUUGUUACCAAAUAUUCCAUUCAUUUGCAAGAUUUACUAUUCAAAAAAAGGAUUCUUAAGAGCAAAACAAUAUUCUGUCAGAUCAUUGUACUAUUUGUUACAGGAUUAUGAAAGAUUUGUUGCCAAAGAUUGUGUCAUACUUGUACUUGAGUUUAUAUAUUUCACAGAAUAUUUGUUUGGACAUGGAAUCAGCAGAUUUGCCCAGUUCUGAUUCAGUGCUAUAAGCUAAAUUCUCGGCUUCUUUUAACCCCGGCAUCUUUACUUGCCAUCCUCUGGUCAUAAAUUAGGACAUAGUGUUACCCUAGAGUCAUUUUUUAGGACAUCCAGAAUGUAAUUUAGUAAUUAAUGUAAUUACAUAUAAUGAGCUGUGUUAAUUUAGAAAAAAAAUGAAACAAGUUUUCAAAUUUCACCAUUUUCAUGGUAAAAUGUUGAAUUCUGCUUAAGCAUUUGCUAUCGGGCAUGGUACCAUCCAUGUACAGGCUCAAUCAAACUGAAUGUGCAACAUUUUCAAUUUUGUCAAUUUGGGUGUUCUUUAGGGAUUCCAUUUUUCUACUUAUUAGUAUGUGGUAUAAUCAUUAUGAAAAUGGUUUAACAUUGACAGAGUACCAGUCUGUACAUAAAACAGAGAUAGAAUGGUUCACUACUUUGUUUUUUAUUUCUUUCUUUUCUUUUCUUUAUUAAAGUUUGGGAAACAUGUUAAUUUGUUACACAACAUUAUUGUUAAUUGCACCAUUAUAAUUGAACAAGAGAGUUGUGAUUUUGUUAGUAAUUUUAUGUUGAUUCCAAAACACAAGUUAUCUUUUCUUGUAUUAACAAUUUGUUAAAUCAUGGUUUGAUUAUAUUAGUGUUCAUCACAUGAAAAGGGGUUUAUGGAAACUGCUUACAGCAAUCUUUUGGAAUUCAUGUCUUCUAUUUCUAUAUUUUUGCCACAGUUAGGUUCCAGUAUUUUUUACAUGAGAUCAAAAAUUGAAUAUGAUAGUAUGACCAGAUAUUUAAUUCAUUAUUCAUGGCAAAGUUACAGAGCUUUUUAAACCAAUGCUUAAGUCUGUUUGUUUUUUUUAAUGUUUUUUCUUUAGAAAUUAGAUUAAUUUAUCAGUAAUGGUGAUAAGUUGGUUAUUUAAUUUAAGUUAGUCAUUUCUGUCCAAUGAAUAUUUCAGUAAAAUCUACAUGAGAAAUAUUUCAGUCAUUACUUAGGUAUUAAUAUUUCAGCGUGUGUUAAGACAUGUAAUUAUAUUCAUGGCUAUAAAUUGUUUAAAGUUUAACUACAGCCGUGUUAAGAAUAUGUCAAUUAUAAUUUGAACAUAUGGGUAACUUAUCAUUACAGCCCACGUCCUUUUUGAAAAUAAUUAUUCAUCCAACCAAUCGGUCAACUUUUUUCAUGAUUUUUGACAAUUUUCCAUUAAAAAAUCAGAGGUGCGGUAGUAUUUUUCCUUUAAAAAAACUUCUACCCGUCUUAUAAGAGGGUCUUACCAGAAAGUGCUGUUUUUGAGUCAAAAUAAGGACCUAGUCUUAUAAUAGGUCCGACAUAUAGGUGAGUGAACACAGUAUAUGAAACAGACUGUCAUGUUUAUCAGCCUUAUAAAGGUUAGGGUAUGUGUGUGUUGUGUGUGCUGUGUUUUGGAAUCCAGUGUACGAUUUGUGUUCACAGAUUAUGCUUUUCGGAACAAUAUAUAUUAUAAAAAUAUUUAUAUAUAGAUAUUUCAGAUAUUUUGCUUCCAAAAAUAAAACUUGCUUUUAUUUUUAUUUUAUGUAUACUGAGUUUUGACUAUUUUAUAAUGUAUAUUCAAAGAUUUUGGGACAUAUUCUUGAAAAUUUUAAGUUUAUUAUGUAUAUUUAUGAAGAAAAGACGGAGGUUGUGCAAAUAAUUGUUCAUACGUUUUAUUUUUAAAAAGUGGAAAUUGGGGAUUAUGCUUUGUUAAAAUCUGACAGGAUAAAAAAUAAUCUUGAAUGAUGUCCUGCUAUUUUGUUGGCUGAUCUCUUAUAAUGAAGUUGUUUUUAUUAGAUAGAAUAUUAUUUUGUUUUAUUCUGGAUGUGUAUAUUGUUACAUUACAAAAAAACUAUGAUAAUAUAUCACCAGUAUAUCUUUUUUGUUUUCUUUUUUUUUGUAUUUUUAAGAAAUAGCCUAAGAAAAAGAUAUAUGCUUUAUAAAGUUAUAUAUUAUACAUGUUACAAUAGGGGGAGAAAGAAUGAAUAGAUGCCUUUACAAUUUACAUCAUUUGAGGCGGCUAUCUGUCUAGUUGAAGGAAGCUUGUUCGUACCUGAAAUAUUGUACAGAGGGGCACUCUAGCAAUUGUCAUAUAAUUUUUACAAUGUAUGCAUAACUUAAUAAGAUGUAAAGGUAAAAUUUAUAUAAUUUAUAAUAAAAACUUAGAACAAAUAAAAGUGUAAAGAAAAUUAAGUAAAAAGUUAUUACCAUCACUGAACCAUUUGCUUUUAAAAUUUCAGUAAAUUCAUAGUUGGUUUUAAUACUUCAGUAAACUCAUAUAUUACUUUGACCUCACUGCAGUAUAAUAUAUUUUAUGCUUUUUGAUAAAACACAUAAAAUAUCCAAUCAUAAAAUUAAUAUUUACAAGUUUAUUUUUGUAUUUACCAGCUUUGUGUUGAGAUAAGCAAUAUUAAUUUAUACCAAAGUAUUAGAUUUAUUUAAGUACAAGAGUGAAUUUAGGUUAAGUUAGAAUGUUUUCAUUACUAACUGUAGAAAUGUUGAUGCAUUUAUUAUGAAAGUGGCAUAACUCCAGAUAAGUUAAAAUAUAUCUUAAAAAAAUAGAGAAAAAAAAAACUGAAGAAAAAAUUUAUUCACAGCUUUAUAAACAUACACAAUGUUUGUGAAACUUUAAUUAUAUUUUUACCACCAACAUUUUAUCCCGUUUAUUGACAUAUUUAAUUCUGCAUACUUGAACAAAUUUAUGUUAAAUCUGUGCUUGGCAAGUGUCUUAGGCUCGUUUAAAUCAAUUUAUUUGUACACUUAACAAUAAUUUCACCUCUGAACAUUUUUUUAAAAGUUUUUUCAUAAAAAGUUUACAUAAAUCUGGAGUUGAGCUGCUUAAGGUGAUCUUUUGAUCUCUUGUAUACAAGACACAAAUUAAAUAAUCCCAUUUUAUAUAUUAAUUGAAAAUAAAUUGAUUGACCUGUGUUAAUUGAUAUUAAUUAUUUUUUCUAAUUGAAUGUAUAAUUGUUUGAAAAUCUUAUAUAAUGUUUUUUAUUACAACACUUUGUUAAGUUUAUUGUUUCUCACAAGGAUAUAUUUGAUAAAUUUGUUGAAUUUAAAAAAUUGAAAUGAAAACUUGUUACAGUACAAAUGCAGUUGAAGUGAUAUUUUUUUCAUGGAUGCUUGGCGAUAGGUGGCAUUAUGGCAUUAUAUAACAUUUAUAGUUCAAAUCUCACAGAAUAUUUCAACAGUUUAAUAUCACACUAAAGUUAUUUCACUUCACAUAAACAUAUUUUAAUGCCAAGAUAACUUCUUUAAGAAACUCUGUACUUACGUGAUGUACAUCAUUGUUUGCAUCUAUUUUUGUUUAACUGUAAGCAGAAGUUUGUUUGUUUUUUU